AAUGUGGAAUCUUCUUGAUCCAGAAUCAAAAUUGAUUACCCGGCCGCAUCAUUUGUGUCAAGUGUGGUUUAACGAAGUCAUUGUUCAGUGUCUUCCAAGAAAUCUUUAGUGUGAUUGAUGAUCGCUUGAAAGUGUGGCAUGCCAGAGAUCAACCUCGGGUGAAUGUUGUUCCUCAUUGCUCCUUACUGUUCUCCUCAAGCUGAAGCAAAUAAUGCCGUCCCUGUCUUAUGUGUUGCAAGAAAUGUUGCCUGCAGCGUCAGAGGUGGAAGUUUUAGGUGCGAUCACGCAGAGGCUGGUUUCAUCCACCAUUUUUAAACCUCAAACAAGAUAGCAAUAUGGCUUUGUUCAUCAGAAACAUUAUGUUGUUAAUGGUGUUUGCUUGUCUUUAAGUAGCUGCAAUGGAAUACACUUUUUAAUACGU